AUGUCACAAGAGCAAGGCAAAGCACGGCCAUUUCCACGAGGCCUAAAUCAUGUUGCCCGACUUUGGCAACGACUGAACGAUCGGACUGCUGCAAGUGAACAUCCUAGAACAUCGAAAUCCUCUACGUCCAAAACCAAGAAGGAAGACCUUGGAUUCCUGGAAUUGGUAUGCCCAGAGGAUCCCACCGUCGAUAUCAUAGCAAUCCACGGCUUGAAUGGUCACAGAGAAAAGACUUGGAUGACAGACGAUGGCGUUCUUUGGCUACGCCAAUUCUUGCCGUCCUCAUUGCCUCGUGCCCGUAUCCUGACCUAUGGCUACGACGCCGACACUCACAGUACGGAGUGCGUAUCGACCCAGACUAUGCGCCGCCACGCCGUCGGUCUGGCUCAAGCUAUUUUACGGAAGCGUAAAGAUGCUCCUCGACGCCCCAUCAUCUUUGUUGCUCACGAUUUGGGAGGCAUCAUUCUCAAAUGGGCGCUUGUCAUAUGCAACAAUGAGGACCUGGAAUCAAAAGACGGCCUACGAAAUAUCGUGGUAUCCACCCAUUCCAUCCUCUUCUUUGGAACCCCGCAUUCCGGCGUAGAAGAAACGCUCCUUAAGAAGAUCGUUCGCCUGGCAGCACCAUGUAUGGAAUCGACAGAAGUCAUUGUCAAGAACCUUCACGCUCACUCGGAUGAACUCGAAAACAUCCAGAGCUUGUAUCUCACCGCGAGUAAAAAGAUAAACAGCGUCUUCUUCUGCGAGGAAUACAGCACCGGAGCCGACGAACAGCAGAUACAUUUGAAUGUUCCGUAUCACUCGGCGGUGAUCGCUGGCGAUCAAAACGCUAUUGCGGUCGUACUCCAUAGCGAUCACCAGAACCUUGUCAGAUUCCAGACGGAAGAGAGUGAAGAUUACCAAGCAGUUGCUUACUAUCUCACGGACCGUCGUGAAGGAGGAACCAUCCCUCAACCAGACGACGCGCUUUUCGUAUCUCAACUGCCGGUAGUCGCAUUCGCCCCAUCCUCUGUCCAUACCACCUGUCUACAAGGAACUCGCCAGGCUGUCCUCGAGACAAUCUCGCAAUGGGCCGAUGGCGAUUCAUCAGAAAAACCGAUCUUCUGGCUAUGUGAUAUAGCUGGCUCUGGAAAAUCGACCGUCGCGAUGACUGCAAUGGAGAAGUGGAAGAAGCAAGGAAUCUUAGGCGGCGGAUUCUUCUUCUCCAUGGCAAGCAGCGAAAGCUCAGACACCGAAAAGUUUUGCUCGACCAUGGCGAGGGAACUCGCUCAACAUAUUCCGGAGCUUGGGACACCGAUUGCGGAGAUAGUAAAGCGGAAUCCUGCUCUCCUACGAGCCUCUUUUGAUCAACAGUUUCGAAUGCUCAUCACCGACCCACUCCAGCAUCGACAGACGCAAGUAGUCCUCGUCUUAGAUGCACUUGACGAAUGCAAGUCUGGAGCACAGAGAAAAGAACUGGUUGAGACUCUCGCUUCUGCUGCUCAGGAGAGCAAGAAUCUUCGGAUAUUCAUCACAAGUCGACCAGACCCUGUGGUCGAAAGGGUUUUAGAACCUCUUUCUAUCAAGGCCAAGCUGACAGAUCGGCUCCACGAUGCUAGCCACCGCGACAACAUCGAUGACGUUGCGAUAUACGUCCAUCGAUUGCUUGGCCGGCGCCUGACGCCAGAUAAGAUCCAGCGACUGGUUGAUAAGGCCAAGGGGCUGUUCAUUUGGGCGAGCACUGCGUGUCGGAUGCUCGAUGAUGAAUCAUCUGCGGUCAAUACAGCGGCCAUAUAUGAUCGCCUGACGUCUAUUGAUCAGCCUGGAGCCAUCGACGAGGUAUACGACCUCGUCUUCGAGCGCAUUGACCGAGCAUCCAAACCAGUUAUCAUUGAAAUGCUCGGUAUGCUGCUUGCUGCGUUCGAACCACUCACCACCCAUGACUUGGAAGAUCUUGUUCAGCAUACCAAAGGACAAGGGAGUGCCGAAGCGCUGGUACGGAUUCUGGGAAGUGUACUUAAGGAGGAUCCGAUCACGCACUCGAUACAGUUUCGUCACCCCACCUUUUUUGAAUAUCUUCGACGACGCUGUGGCACCGAAAUUAUCGGUGAUUGCGACAGGAAUCUUAUCAACAUCGCGCGUGCACAUGGCCAAGCCGCAUCAUGGUGUCUUCACACUCUCAAAUCGCGCAAGGAGGGGCUCAAGUUUAAUAUUUGCCAAAUCGAGUCAUCCUUCUAUCUGAAUAGGCAGAUUACAGACCUUGACGCCCGGGUGGCGAAAUUCAUUUCGCGGAGGCUUCGCUAUGCUAGUUUGCACUGGCCGUUCCAUGUGGCCGCAAUGGACGGUGACUGGGGCCGCAGGCUAAGGAAUGAGCUGGCACGUAUAGUCAAAAGUCCAUUCGCACUCUAUUGGAUGGAGAUCCUCAGCGUAACUGGAGGAGUCAUGCGGGCAGUAUCUGGAAUGCGAGCUGCGACGCAACAUAAGAGCCUUGAGCAAGAGAUCCGAGGUCGGAUGAAUGACAUCAGACGGUUUUUGAUGGCAUUCUCUGUACCAAUCCAAGACAGCGCACCACACAUCUACAUCUCAUCUCUCCCAUUCAGUCCACGGAAGUCAGUACUUCAUACGGAGGGUUUAAAGGAGUAUAUGAAUUCGUUAAUUGUGACCAGAGGGCUUGAAGAAACAUUUCGUGAGCUUCCCAGAACGCUGCUAGGUCACCAGGGUAGUGUCACAGCAGUUUCAUUCUCACCAGAUGGCACACGAAUCGUCUCUGGCUCAAGGGACAGCACAAUUCGACAGUGGGAUGCAGAGACUGGCCAGCCAUUGGGAGAGCCACUCCAAGGUCAUGAAUACUCGGUGAACGCUGUCGCAUUCUCACCAGAUGGCACACGAAUCGUCUCUGGCUCUUGGGACAGGACAAUUCGACAGUGGGAUGCAGAGACUGGCCAGCCAUUGGGAGAGCCACUCCAAGGACAGCACAAUUCGACAGACACAAUUCAUGACAGCUGGGAUGCAGAGACUGGCCAGCCAUUGGGAGAGCCACUCCAAGGUCAUGAAUCCUCGGUGAACGCUGUCGCAUUCUCACCAGAUGGCACACGAAUCGUCUCUGGCUCAAGGGACAGGACAAUUCGACAGUGGGAUGCAGAGACUGGCCAGCCAUUGGGAGAGCCACUCCAAGGUCAUGAAUCCUCGGUGAACGCUGUCGCAUUCUCACCAGAUGGCACACGAAUCGUCUCUGGCUCAAGGGACAGCACAAUUCGACAGUGGGAUGCAGAGACUGGCCAGCCAUUGGGAGAGCCACUCCAAGGUCAUGAAGACGAGGUCAUGGCUGUCGCAUUCUCACCAGAUGGCACACGAAUCGUCUCUGGCUCUUGGGACAGGACAAUUCGACAGUGGGAUGCAGAGACUGGCCAGCCAUUGGGAGAGCCACUCCAAGGUCAUGAAUCCUCGGUGAACGCUGUCGCAUUCUCACCAGAUGGCACACGAAUCGUCUCUGGCUCAAGGGACAGGACAAUUCGACAGUGGGAUGCAGAGACUGGCCAGCCAUUGGGAGAGCCACUCCAAGGUCAUGAAUACUCGGUGAACGCUGUCGCAUUCUCACCAGAUGGCACACGAAUCGUCUCUGGCUCAAGGGACAGCACAAUUCGACAGUGGGAUGCAGAGACUGGCCAGCCUUUGGGAGAGCCAAUCCAAGGUCAUGAAGACGAGGUCAUUGCUGUCGCAUUCUCACCAGAUGGCACACGAAUCGUCUCUGGCUCAAGGGACAGCACAAUUCGACAGUGGGAUGCAGAGACUGGCCAGCCAUUGGGAGAGCCACUCCAAGGUCAUGAAGACGAGGUCAUGGCUGUCGCAUUCUCACCAGAUGGCACACGAAUCGUCUCUGGCUCAAGGGACAGCACAAUUCGACAGUGGGAUGCAGAGACUGGCCAGCCAUUGGGAGAGCCACUCCAAGGUCAUGAAGACGAGGUCAUGGCUGUCGCAUUCUCACCAGAUGGCACACGAAUCGUCUCUGGCUCAAGGGACAGCACAAUUCGACAGUGGGAUGCAGAGACUGGCCAGCCAUUGGGAGAGCCACUCCAAGGUCAUGAAUCCUCGGUGAACGCUGUCGCAUUCUCACCAGAUGGCACACGAAUCGUCUCUGGCUCAAGGGACAGCACAAUUCGACAGUGGGAUGCAGAGACUGGCCAGCCAUUGGGAGAGCCACUCCAAGGUCAUGAAUACUCGGCGAACGCUGUCGCAUUCUCACCAGAUGGCACACAAGUUGUCUCUGGCUCCAUUAGUAGGACAAUUCAAAUCUCGAGUUCGGACAAUGCCUAG